UAUGAGGAGUCAGCUCUCCUCCAUAGGGGCCGAUCUGAGUGGUUUAAAAAAAUCGUUUUAUGAGUCUAAGGAGAAUUCCGAAGCUAGUUUUGUCUCAUAUUUGAGAAAUACUAACGCCCACUUGCUUAGGUGUAUCAAAAUAUCUGGUCAAAAGAAUAACGUUGUUAUUGAUUCUGAAAUAUCUCUAGUUACUCUCACUAACACUCUUAAGGAAAAGGGUAGUGAUUACUCGGAAGAUGGAAAAUUCCUAUCGGAAUGGUGGCGUCAUUUACAAUCUUCAUUAGUUCAAAUAGACACUUUGAAACGUCGAUUCACUAACGUUCAUGCGAGGUUAAAAUCGAAUUGUUUAUGUAGCGCUGGCAUAGACGCUCCUCCUGUGACAAAAAGCUAUGCUAUGGCUUCCGCUAAAUACGCUAGAGAGAUUGAGAAUAUCCUACGUAAAAUGGACCGUUUAACUUCAUCGUGGAUGGGCACAGGCCUAUCUUCCGUCCGAGCCGAUACGUUCUCAACCUCUCACUUUUGUGAUAGAGUAGUAAAUUUUUGCUGUGACGCAAAAAUAUUACCAGUUUUACGGCUAUUUCCAGAUUUAACGGAAAAAUUAGAAAAAGGAUUAGAAUGCGCAAAAGCAUGGAUAAAUAAGGAUGAAGACUAUGUUAGAGAAAUUAACUCACAUUUACUUGACGCAAGGCGAAAAACAAUUAAAAAACAACGAGAUUUAGCUAUUCAUAAAAACAAAAAGGAAGAAUUAAAGAAUUCUGUUGAAGGAGCUUAUAAUGUUUGUCAAACUCAUAGAAAAGAAGUAGAACGAAUUCAAAAGGAAUUAGUUGAAGUUGAACAAAUGUUCAAUUUUUGUAAAAGGACUUUACAAUCUAAAGCCGCAGAAAUUCGUCAUAAACAGGGAAUGCUUGACAUUCUUCAACUUUCCCUUUCUCAGACUAGCCGCACUAGUACUUUCUCAAUACAAUCUAAACGGAAUAGAUUGAAACGUCAACUUAGAGGUUUAGGAGUUACCUUACAAAAUCUUCACGAAGAAUCCCAGGGAAUGCAAAAAAGAAUUGACAAAAUAUCUAUAAAAGAACUUGAAAUGACAACUGCAGCUAAUGAUUACCAUCAGACUUAUCUCAGACUUAAGGAAAAUUUAGAUAAAUUCGAAAUGACUGUUUUAAGGUUAGUCACAGAAAUUGAAGAAUUGACAAGUGCUGUCAACUCCUUACAAGACGUUCAUACGAUAAAAACAAACUCUGAAACUGUCGAUGAUUUUCUUGCCGAAAGACCUUUAUCUAUUAAACUUGCACCGAGUUUACAACAAAAAAUAGAACAAAGACGUUUAUCUAAAUAUUAA